UCAUAAAAAUUACCGUAUCAUUGUAUUCACAUUCGGUAUGUAGUUUUUCAGUGGUGCUUGUCUCUGUUAUCACUACGUACAAUUCGACUGUUGUACUCUCCCUUCCUCUGAUUUUCUCACUCAAGUUUUACUCAUUAUUUUCCGUUUAAAAUUUUCAAUCAUCUUUCGUGGAAAUUUAUUGAUUAUAGCUGUCAAGGAACACACAAUUUCUGUGACACCUGUCUAUGGUCAAAUUCCAGGACCUCCAAUUACAAAGUUUACCCCUGACCUUGAUGUCAAUUGCCAGCUGUUCCUAACUGUCCAAAUUCCAUUGAUCAAUAUUAAAUAUCCAGGAAUUCAAACCUGAAGUAAAUGGCAAAUGCUGAAGUGAGAUAAAGUUCCUCCUCAUUCCCAAGGCCAACGAUCACCCCUCAUCGAUCCAGCACCGGUCUUCGAGUUGUCGUUCAUUCAAAUUGCUGCAAUGCCCGGUGGCAGCGAUAAUUUAUCGGAACUGUUCACCGAACUGAGCUUAGCAGUUGACCAAAAGUCUGACAAAGUCUCUGUAAUACUAGAUAAUUUAUGCUCUAAAGUAGAUAAAUCUCAAAUACCCGAUGAAUUUGCCUCAGAUUGCAGCUCUAUAUUCUCAGACCAGCUGCACUCUCUUCUGGGGUGGUCUUCAUCGGAGACUGUCACCAAGACUGCAGAUGUCAUCGCAUCACUCGCAAAAAUUGAAUCAACGCGGGUUGCGCUGACAAAACCGAAAAUUGCUGCAGCCUUAUUGGAGGUUCUGAAGCAAAAUGCUGGCCUGUCGAGUGAUCAAAAUUAUUUGGCCAUGAAGCAUGCAAGUCGAGCUCUAGGAAAUUUGUGCUACGAAAACAAUGAAGGGCGCAAAUGUGUAAUGGAGCAUGAUGGGCUGAAAAUAAUCCUACAUGCAAUUGAGAGCACUAUCAACCUUCCAGACAAAGAGUUGUGUUAUUCUUUAAGAGCAUGUGUGGUUGGAUUGCUGUUGAAUCUGAUCAUGGGUCAAACAGACCUUUAUCCAGAACUCAUCAAAUUAGGAACUGUGGAAUUAUUAACAAAAAUUUUAGAAGCAGGUGCUGAGCAAGAUGAAACUGCAGCCAUACAUGUUCUUAUGAUCCUUAGCCUGUUAGCAGAGUCUGUAAACGGUGAACCACUGCUAACCAAUAGGUUGUGCUCUGUAUUAGUCAAAACUUUAGGAAAAUCCACAUCUGGUGAACUUAGUGAACUCUGCGUAGAGUUAAUUCAUGGACAAGCAGAAAAUAAUGAAAUUCGCUUACAACUCGCCAAGUGUGGACUUUGCGAAUUGUUGAUUCAACUGAUGGAGGAGCAUAGAGCAUUAGUCAAUGACGAUGAAACGAGAAAUCUAUUGAAAAUGGCUUGUGAUCUCAUUAUCAUUAUUUUGAAUGGAGAUGAUUGUAUGCGUCUACUGUAUGGGGAUGGCAAAGGAAAAGUGUUCCUAGGUUUGACCCAAUGGCUAACCUCAACUGAUGAUGAUCUCCAAAUCACUGGUGUUUUGGCAAUGGGAAAUUUUGCAAGAACUGAUAAUCAUUGCGCUCAAAUUGUGGCAGCAGGUGUAGGAAAGAAACUCAUCAGCAUCCUCUCAAAGAACAACACACCCUCAGGUGACAUUCGGUUGCAACAUGCUUUACUCAGUGCUCUCAGGAAUUUGUCCAUUCCUGCUCAAAACAAACCCAAACUCAUAGCGGACGGUAUCAUUGACGUUGUAAUGCCAAUGUUGAAUAUCCCAACCUUUCCUGUAGUUUUCAAGCUUCUUGGAACUCUCCGCAUGCUGGUUGAUGGCCAAGAGAGAGUAGCUUGUGAUUUAGGCCAAAGAAAAGAUUUACUCAAAAAACUAGUGGAAUGGACUGGAACAGAAGAUCAUCCUGGUGUACAGGGCGAAGCCUGCAGACUUUUAGCCUGGUUAAUAAAAAAUAGCAGAGAUCGAGAAGUGAUGGGCCGAAUGGUUGCUGCAGGUGCAGUUCCUUGUCUAGUCGGAAUGAUCACUGCAGAACACACAGUUAUGCAAAAUGAAGCUUUGCUGGCGCUGUGUCUGCUCAGUGCCAUGCGACUAGCCGAUGCCGAGAAGAGCUUCAUUCAGGCACGUGUCGGUGAAAAAAUUAACACUCUAGUCAAUGAAAUGAACCCACCGCGAGAAGUAUUUAUGAUCGUCGUUGCCAUGUUGUGUCAGUUAGUUAAUUCAAGUGAACUUAUCCUACACCUCCGAGAAACUGGCGUGAGCAAAACCAUUGGUUCCUAUGCUUCAUCACGAGAGAACAUGAAUGACACUCUGGACCAAGUUGCAAGUCUGAUCGCGCUCUUCGACCCAAUGUUGUAAGCUUUCAUGAUGAGACUCUCCUCCAAUCUUAGAGACCCUCUCUCAUUCCCUCAUGCUCAACUGUUCCCAAUCCAUGCACCGAUUGGGGUAUUCAAUUGACGUUGAUCAAGCAAAGAGCUCUGAAUGUCCCUCGUAGUUGCAUUGACUUAACACUGAUGCAGACGCAAGUACUUUUGCAUGUGUGUUUAUGUACAGCAAUGCUACUGCCAAGUGAUUCCUCUUGGGAAAGGUGCAUUAGGCAGAGCUUGUUGAGGAUUGAUUGAAAAUUUCUAGAAUGUUCUAUGACGAAUCAAGUAGAUGCAUGUAUAAAUCUUCCCUCUCUCCAGCCUCUCUUUGAAAGAAAUUUUAUUGUUUUCUUUUGAACAGAAGCCUGAGCAUAAUUUUUCUAAAUUUUUCAGUGAAUAAUUCAAUUGAAUAAGCUCUUCAAUGAGAAUAAAAGACACAAUUAAAAUGAAAACUUACGAACAUAUGUAAAAUUGAAGAAGUAAAAUUUAUGAAAUAUUCUUAAACCAAAAUCAGCAGUAGAGAAUAGAUUAUAAGUAUGUAGGUUUUUUUUCCUUCUUUUUCCCCCAUUCCAGGGAAAAUAAAAACUUGCAUGCACGGCGAUUAUUGAAUAAUGUGAUUUACAUAUUAAAAGGUUGAGAUUGGGCUUUGUCUUGUCUUGUCUUGUCGUAUUGACCUAGAUUCAAUAAUGGGGCCACAAGAUCUUUCAUAUUUUCACUUACAAAAAAAAAACGCAUUUGUUUCCAUACCUAAGCAAGAGGAGGUAACAAGAAAACUCCUUUGAGCAACUUUUCUCUUUUGAAUAAAUAGUGAUAAUAAUGAAAAAUAAUUUGCAUUUACUAAACCUCAGUUUAGAUUUGUCCAAUACUAAGAAAGGGAUAAAAAAUAGUUUUCUUAAUAAUUGAACGUCCUUACAUCUAACAGUCAGUAAAGAACUUAGAGGUUAUAAACUUCUUUUCAUAAGGAAGGUUAAUCUUUUUCAGAGAUCAUGCUUAAAAUUUAAAAUGAGCUGAAUACUCUAAUUUUGACCAGUUUUGAUCGCCGUUUCUAAUUUUAUAAAGUUCUAUUCUUUCAUUUUUGCAAUGCAAUUGAAAAAUUCAUCUUUAAAUUUUAAAACAAAUCAUAUAUUUAAUUUUCUUUUUGAAUGAAAUCUUGGUGAAUUCUAUGGGGUUUUUUUUCAAGUUACCUUGCCUGACAGUCUUUAAAUUUUAAAUUUUAUCAAUUGUUACAUUUUUUUGUUCCUCUCUUAUGUAUGAUGUUAUGAUGAUAUUCCUAUGAUGAUGUAUUUAAAUUGAGAACCUUGGGAAAGGGCACAAAGGCAAGUACUUUUAUUGUGACUAAGUGACAUGCAUUUCAAGUCAUUGAUAUCCACACUACAGUCUAGGAUAUUUUGAUUUUUGUACCAUGAUUUGUUUUCCUUAAAAGUGGGGUUCAUGCUCAUUUUUGAGUGCUGGUCAUUUAAAACAAUGUUCCCCAAGUUUACGCGAAUUAAUUUCAGUUAUGCUUUUACAUUAAUUAUUUUGAAUUGCAUCGUUUAAGUCCUGGCUUCUUUGCAAAAUAACCACUUAAUAUUCCUAUCCUUCAAGAAAUGUGUCUUUUGCUACGGAAAGUCUAAAUAACGACGCAAUAAACAGAAAUCUAUUUUUAUAUCAUUAAAUGGUGAGUAAAUAAUGUUCUACAAAAUAAACAAAGAAGUGGAAGUGCUUAAAUCAACAGAGAAUUUUAUUUUUGUAAUUUUAUUACAAAGUGAAUAAUCUUUACCCAGCUUUGCUGUUACGCUUUACAGAGAGUAUAUUUUUGCAUUUUUUCCAAACAGCAAUGUUUGGAGCAAUUUCUUGCUUACUCCAAUAGUAGAGACAUAUUUUCAUCUUAGGUGUUCUGUCAAAACCUCCUUCUGUCCUCCUAUAGUAUUGAACUAAUGUAUUUCCUUAUGUUAGUGUUGCAUGCUUGUGACUAUUGUAUCUUGAUGUGUCCUUGCUGUCAGUUAUCUGAAAUCUUUAUUUACUUCUUCUCUGGCUCCAUAAAUCUGUUAUGUAAACUAUCUAACCUGCCAGAGGACUCGUUUAUGCAGCAGGAGAUUUUUAUGUUUAAUCUAAAAAUUAAAAUCUCUAUCCUUCUACCUUUAUUUUUGUGUUAAUGUCUCUAAAUUCAUGCCUCAAUAUAAAAAGAAGUUUCCGAAAGGAAGUGUGAUAGAAUUUGGAUGAAUUACAUAUUUCUCUUAGUGACUUCCUUCAAGAGGGCGAGCAGAUAGCAACACGAGCUGUUUCUGCUUUUUGAAGUAACAGGCCUCGAAACCUUCCACUAUCUGAAAAAUGGAAGAUGAAUGAGAUGAAAGCUCUUAAAACUCAUGAACUGCAGGCGUGCAGGGCCUCUUAGAAUCUGGUCUUUUAUGUCUAAUUGUAAUUAUUUGGAUCUAACAAAUGCUCCUUCUGUGUAUGUACAUAUUUUCCAAUUACCAUUCAUUGUUACCACUUUAUUCUCUGUAUUUGGCUCUCCUCCUAAUGGAAAAAUGUUUUAUAAAGGCUUAUUUGAAUAAAAGCUCGAGCAUUUCAAUCUUUCAAUGAGCCUUCAGACAGGGUGUGAAUUAAAGCACUAUGUAAGAUGUUUUUGCUUCAAAAUUUCAUGAAGAAAGAAAUUACGCAAUGGAAAAUCUGGGAUCCAACUCCUUAACAAGAUAUUGACAUUGGUCAAAUGGCAACUGUAAAAACGAUGUUAUUUGUAUUAUGUAACUACCAUUUGAUCUGUGUUGAAAAUACUUUUCAAUACUAAUAAGUAUUGCAUUCAAAAGUUGAUUUCCAAACUUUGCGUUGCGUUAAUAGUUUUCUACAUUAGAUUUUAAAGAAAAACAUUGUGAAGUUUUUUCCUGGUUUAGACCGUGUAUAGUGGCUCAUUCUGAAGAUAGGUAGACAUACUGCUAAGUCCUUUAAAAUGCAGGGAUAAAAAUAGCACUACACAAGCACAUGCUAUGGCACUUUAUUUAACAGCAUGACAGAUCAAAUGUUCUCAGCGAGUGAAAAAACACACUCAAGAAAAUAGAUGAAGAAUUGGAAAUGUGUUGUUGUCAUGUACCUUUAAUAGUUUUAAAGGAAAUAAAUGAACUAGCAAUCAUCAUUGCUAUGUUUCAGGAAAGUGAUAAGUCCGUGAUAAAAAAAUUGCUGAGUUGAGAAAAUCUUUCUCUAUGAUUUCAUAGUACAUACCUUUAUACUCUCUCCACGAUUACCUUUAGAUAAAAGGUACCUUUUAUGCAACCUUUAGGAUUUCGUAUUUCUGAAUUCACUUUUAUAUUUAUUUUUCCAUGCCAUUAAACUUAUGCUUGUAAGACAGUAGUGCUUCUCUUUUGAAGCUUUUAUCGGUGCAAAAAACUUUUUCAAUCAUACUUAUGCUUUAGGUUACAGGGUUAAUAUAUGAAGUAUGAAUAACAUUUAAGGACAGAAUGGCUUUAGCUUUGUGUCUAAUCUCUCGAUUGUUGGAAGUGCAUUUCAGUACUCUAAACGGUGUCUAACUUUGUUGGUUGUCAUUUUACUAAAAAGUUCCUGCUAUGAGUGGAAUAAUUUACUUUUCUAAAAAGUUCAAUCAAAACUCUUGUACACAUGGAAAACUGGCUUUUCCUACUCUCAAAGCAUGCUGGUUUUUGUUGAAAAAUGUUUGAAAUGUCUAUUUGAGGACGACCCCACAAGUUUAUAAUAUCUGAACAGAGUUGGUUGUGGUCAUCUGAGUGUCUAAAAUUCUCCUAAAGUGUUCUCUCUAGCAUUUAAAACUUGAUUUACGUAAAAUAUAACUUAAUUUGUCUUGUAGAUAUCUCUUUACGUGUCGCCUAACCUGCCAUAUCGUAGCUAUUUUUUUCCUGGAACUAUAUGAAGUAACUUCUAGAUGUACGAUCUUAUAUUCCUUUUUUCAAUCCUUGUCUGUCUUGUGUACUUUUAACUUUAUCAACUUAUCACAUGUAAGCGAAUCAUCAAAGAUUUCAGGGGAUUUUCAGUCUGAGGUUCUCAUUCUAAGAACUUAUGGCGUUUUUUCAUAUCUGACUCAAUAUCUGACAGGGUAACUGUUAUCUUUCCUACACAAAGACUGUUUUUUCGAGGAAAAUAGUUUGUUUGUCACUUACCUCUUGACUAAAAAAUUGACAACUUAUGUAUUAAACUAUUGAAACUGAAUCAAUUUUCCCUGAAUUUCUUUUACUGACCGAUUUUUCUACCGUCAUCAGAUUUAAUCAAUUGAUAAAAUUCGCCGACUGAGCUGGGGUCAUUAAAUAUGUGAUUUCAAUUUCCAUCCGUUUUGCCAUACUUUUAUGGAGUUUUUUUCAAACAAUGACGUCAAAUUAAGCAUACAGAACUCUAUUAGGCAGGGUCUAUUCUGUUGGAUAUUUACCAUUCUGUAAAUGACCUGCUCCUAUUAAUUACUCAAAAUAUUCUCCGUGAAACUUGAAAUAAUAUUUUUCAAGAAUGGAAAUUUGAAAGUUGUCAAAUCAGAGUUUCAUUUUGUAAUUUUGAAGGUUUAAGUUUACUUCUCUUGAGAGAAACCCCUCCUCUUUCAAAGAUUUCAUCCAGCAUUUAGAACAAUGUCCAGUAUUGAUUGAAAGAGAACACGAACACUCAAAUAAUAAGUUGAGUUUGGUAGACAGAUGGGGUAAAAUGAUGAAUGGAGCUUAAGUAGCUUUUAAUAUCUGAGGCUCUAUGCUGCUGCCUCAGUCCACACGAAAAAAGAUCAUCCUCUUUUAGAGUGAGAUGGAAUAGCUACUACCUAUUUUGAUUCUUAUAAUAUUUCUAGUUUCUACAGUAGACCUCUAGUCGCUCUCUAAAAAAGUAUAGAUGUAUUUUCUGCUGAAUUUAUCGCAAGUUGAAAGUGCAGUCCUGCCACAGACAUUGCUCUGCCCUGUCUUUUCUUUUCCACUGUGCCAGCUGUCGGUUGUGAUAUUGCAUGCUGAGAUUAUUUUGCUUGUAUCCUAGGUAAUUUGUUUAAUGUUGGUCCUGACCCACCAACUUCAGGCUGAUGUAUCUAUAUCCAUCAUGAUUCUUCAAAUCGAUCUUAGAGUGUUUGUCCUCCGUAGCAGUAAUUUUAUCAGUAUUUCUUUACACCCACAAGCAAAAUCUUCAUUUCCUCAUUUCAUCAGGAAACCCCCAUUUUUAAGAUAGAACAAGAGGAAAUAGUUAUCAAGGGGGCCAAAUGAGUAGACUCUAUCCCAUAAUCUUUUGUAAUUUUAGUUUCACCUAACUUUUCAGGUUUUUCACUUCCUAUAUCUUAUUUAAUACAAUUCUUGGUUGUUAACAAAUAAAUAUUCUAUCAUUAAGACUUCUACAGAGGAUCCUGGUCAUUUUGUAACAUUGUUGCCAACCUAGCAAUCCCUUUUGGAUAAGGUUUAAUAAAUAUUCAAAUACAUUUUGUUCCAACUCUACCUUCAUGAGUAUUUGAAACAAUAAUCAUACUUUGAAAACGUUUAUUGUCAAAAAAGGAAUCAUCUGACAGUGAUUUUAUCCAGUUUGUUCCGUCCGCGAGGGGUCGCAAAGAGCGAGAAAGGUGAUAUGACCGUUCAGUCAUACUUAUCUGUGUCAUUGAAAAAAAAUGUAAUUUUUCAAAUAAUUUUACUUUCAAAUUUGGAAAUCAUGUCUGAAACAUGGCUGACAAUCUGAACAUUUUUCCUGAAAAUCAGUCAUCCUCAGGGAAAAUUUGUUUGCGACUUCGUCUUCUCUUAAUUUAGAAAAUCAGGGUAACUUUAUAGUAGGUCUUGAGUUUGAAACUCAAGCAUUUAGCACUUAUGGCAUCAACCAAUAAUUGAAGGAGGAAAAAAAAACAUAAUCCAAAAAAAUCCAUUUAUCUAACCCUCACUGUUUUUAAUUGAAAUGUUUUAAAAUUUUAUGAAUUAUAUUGAUGUUUUUAAAGUGUUCUAGGUAACUUAAAAUUAUGUGACCAACUCCUUUGGUGCGGCGAAAAUAUAGACAAUUAUUAUUUUCCUCUUCUUUUUGACAAUUAAUGCAGGAAUCAAGAUGAUUGCAUUGCUUUGUAGCAAUUAGAUUUGGGUCAGCUGAUUAAUGAUCAGCAGUUAUCUACCGCUGAAAUUUGUUUUUUAACCCAUCAUUCGAAAUUUUAUAAAAGUAAGUUUGACUUCUCACUGCCAAUUAAAUAUGGAAUUUGGAUCGUCGAAGAUUCUGAAUCAGAUCCUCCUCAAUGCAUGAAGUGUAUUCUCAAAAAAUCUUUAAGGAACUUCUUUUUCAAAUUCCGUAUGUUGACUCGUACAGUUUUAGUUAAGUAUAAAUCCUAUGUUGGUUGGCAACUCUGUAUCUUAAUGGUAAUUCCUCCCUCUGUGGGUGCGUUCCUCAAAAAAAUAAAUAGAAAAAAUGAUUAAUUAAAAUGGAGCAUAUGUAAGUAGGUAUUCAAUGGUGCUGUGCUAGAAUUUUCAAAUCUAGGCUUGAAAUUGCUCUCUAUUUUGUACUCAUGCGCUCUAGAUUUUUUAAAUUGUUUAUUGAUUAGUUCUUUAGUUUUUCCACUCUUUCCAGUCUUAUGUAUUUUAUUUAAGUUUAUUAAAGCUUUCCUGUCAUUUGUAGACUGAGAAAAGGCACAUGAUAUUUCUAUUGGUACAUUCUAUAGUAAUUUAGCCAUUCCAGAAUAAUUUUCUCUCUACAGAUUAAAAUCUUUAUCAGUGUAUUGCUAUUGAUAAAAAUUUGAUGAUGUAGCUCUCAUUUACCAAUGAUACGGUUAGGUAUCAUUCUUAGUACAAACCUAUCUCACUUCAAUCCGGGUCAUGAGCUUCUUUUUUUCUCAACCCAGCCAUAGCGAAAACUGAAUCAAUCUAAGAAAAGGAAAUUUCGCCCUUGUGUCUUAUUCACUAUUCAAAAAACUGUACUGAUCCAGCAACAAUACGAUCUCUUUUGGGGUAAAGUCAAAAACAUUGCUCAUUUUAUGAAUCUCCAACAACAAUUCUUGUCUUAAAGCUGCCAGUUGAUGAAGUAGAAUCGUGCCGAGUGAACAGCAUUAGAAAGUCAUGUACCCUGAUCAUACAAAACAUGUGCCAGUACAAAAAACGAAACUUAAAAAAUGUUAGACAACAGAAAACUUGCCAUAAAUGUUGUACUGGAUGCAAGAUUUUUAGCUUAGAAGCUUUACGUAAAUUCAACUUGAGAUCGAGUGUCCUCUGUCUUCUAUCACUUCUAAAUUAAAUGGACAUGAAGUAGGAGCUACUAUUUUCCUUUUUAUGAAAAUAAUGUGAAUCAGAUGAGAUUCUAUUGUUGGGUUGAAUUGACUGCAUUAGUUUAUUACCACUCGUGUUUUACCUCCUCCUUCUUACCUUUGAAAACUGGGAAACCUGUAAAAUUGUGUAGAUUAUUGAUGUAUAAUUUUCAUUAUUCUCUUAAACUGAAACUCACAACUCUACAUGUCUCUUAAAAUUCUAAUCUACCAAUUCAUCGUCUAGAUCAUAGUUAAGAAAUAUCAUAUGUAAACAAUUUAAGGAAUAAAUUGUCAAAUACAUUCUUUUAAAAAUCAGUCAA